GGCCUUAUCCGACAUGGCUACCCCCAUGCACCGGCUGAUCGCUCGUAGACAGGCUGAAGCAAAUAAGCAAAAUGUUCGUUGUCAGAAGUGCCUGGUGAUAGGUCACUGGAGCUAUGAAUGUACAGGAAAGAGAAAAUAUUUAUAUAGACCUUCCAGAACCACUGAAUUAAAAAGGACAUUAAAAGAAAAAGAAGCCCGUUUGUUGCUGGGACAAUCCAGUGCCAACAAUGUUGCUGAAACAAAGAUGAAGAAGAAAAGGUCUAGAAGUGUCACAAGCUCCAGUAGUGGGAGCAGCAGCAGCAGCUCUGAUACAGACUCUUCUUCAGACAGCGAAGACACAUCCAGCUCCUCAUCAUCUUCAGAGGACAGUGACAAGAGCACCUCCAGCUCUUCAACUUCCUUGUCCUCGCAAAGUUCAUCCUCUUCAUCUGAGUGUGACUCUGAUACAAGUGCCAGCAGGACCAGCACAAGCAGCAGUACCAGCAGUGAAGACGACAGUAGCUCAGAGGAUGAGCCUUUAAGAAAGAAAAGAAAGAAAUAGAAUUCAGGAAAAUACCUAAUUGAUAGCUUUCUCAUGACAUCAUGAAAAAGCUAUCAUGAAGAUUCUUCUGUAUUUGAUUAUAGAAAACCUUACAUUAGAAACAAUUUGCUAGCAUAUAUGUAAUACAAUUAUACUUGACAAAUUCCCAGCUCUCAGUGGCGGAACUAUAGAGAAAGCAGACCCUGUGGGGGUCACAGGGGGGCCUAGGGGACAGGGGGCCCAGACUGUGGGGUCUGCCUUUGCUAUAGCCACUGAAAAUGUGUGUUGCCACGUACAUAAGUGGGUGUGUGUGUGGGAGGGCUGGGUUGAUUGCUGUGCAUGCUGGGCCCCUCCGACGAAUUUGUUCGCGGGUGGUCCAACACUGCCAGCUCUCUCUUAUUGACUGUUUUAAAGUGGCAGAUCCCAGUUACUUCCUUUUUUGAAAGACCAAAAAUGCCAUGAUAACUCCAGGGUACUCAAACAGCACAGGAGAAUUGUAAAUCGUUGUAGCUAUGGAGGCUGAUUUAAUAUGUAAAUAAGCUAUAUGUACAAACUGUGAAGCAAUCAAUCCAUUUCUGUCAUUUUAAAUAUAAACAGGGUGCAAACUAGGAACAAAUGUUUAAUAUUUUUCCUUCACUGGGAAGUACUGACUUUACUCAUGAAGACAGGUGUGAGAAUAUAUUUUUAGAGGGCUAAACUAGAGUGAGAGAGAGAAAUAUUUCUAACAAUAAUAGGGUGAGCGUUGGACUGUUUUGUUGUCCAGCUUGUUAUAUUUUGUGGAGAGGAAGAAGCCACAGACUUGAACUGUUGAAGUUAACUUGUUCUUUUCGUUGUGCUGCGAUAUUGUAAAUAGCAUUUCAGUGUUCUGCCAAGUGCCAUGACUUUAAACACAGUCAUUUGACCACACCCUGGGUGGCAGACUCUUCGUUUGAAAUUUGAUACAGUCACCUUGUGUUAUGUUUUGGGUUACUAACAAUGUGUGCCUUUUUUUAUUUUUUUAAGUAAAAAAAAAUGCAGUCUGAAAUUCUGAGCUUUGUGACAGUAUGAGUGGAUUCAAAAGUUAUAACAGCAAGAAGCUGCAUUUUUAAAACAUAUUUCUAGCACUGUACUAAUGUAUGUUACCGAGAAGGAAAUAUUUUUUUUCCUCUAACUGCUAUAGAACUGCAGAUACCAGCUGAUAAUGCUAGAAAUUACUUUCAUAACUGUAAUGCCAGAGGUUGUAUGCUUUGGGUUUGUUAUGGAUUUUCAAAUGUUGCCCAAAGCCACCUACAAUAUUAAUUUCACCUUACAAAACAUUUUCAAAUUACCGUAUAUACUCGAGUAUAAGCCGUCCCGAGUAUAAGCCGAGGUACCUAAUUUUACCUCCAAAAACCGGGAAAGCUUAUUGACUCGAGUAUAAGCCUAGGGUGAGAAAUGCAGCAGCUUCUGGUAAGUUUCAAUCAAAAAAUUGAGGGUUUCUGCUCCCAUUGGAGGUGCCGGUGUCUCGUUUUUGGAUGCCGGCGACCAUUCUUGGACGCCGGCGAAUAUUCUUGGAGACUAUUCUUGGACGCCGGCAACUAUUAUUAGGCGCCGGCGACUAUUCUUAGACGCCAGCGACCGUUUUUGCACUUAACCCGAGUAUAAGCCGAGGUAGAGUUUUUCAGCAUAUUUUUGGGGCUGAAAAACUCGGCUUAUACUCGAGUAUAUACGGUAAUUAUGACUUGUAAAUUAUACCACAAAUAAUGCCCUAUCUCCAUUGUUUACCCUCUGUACCAGUUAAAAAAGAAACUUGUUAAAAAAUACAUAGAAGCAUGACAAAAGCCUCUUUCAAUACCUGUAUAAAAGAAAAUGCAUACAAGUUAUAUAAUGACUGGUAUUACACACCCAAAAAAACUACACAAAUGGUUCCAAACACCCAAUACAUGCCCACGAGGAUGCAGGGAAAUAGCAGAUGAAAUGCAUAUGUGGUGGACAUGUCCUAUGAUAAACCAACUAUGGAAAGAUAUCUAUAAAUGAAACUCUAGCAUUGGACUUAUCAUCUGACCCAUGGUUGGCUCUUCUAUUACGCAAACCAAACCAGAUUACAAUAAAUGAACACAAAUUUUACAUACAAUUAUGCAAUUAUUAUUAUGAAAAGAUGCCUAAUAGCCAAAUAAUGGAAAGGACCCCCACCAACGAUGCAAGAGAUUCGGAAUAAAGUUUGGUGGACGACUGAGAUGGAGAAACUCAUUAAUAAAUGGUAAAAUUAGUCAAUUUGAAGUAGUAUGGAAUAUAUGGUUGUUCAGGGAAGGGAUGUUACAUACAUUGUAAGAUUAUGGGGCACAUUUACUAUUGGACGAAUAUCGAGGGUUAACUAACCCUCAAUAUUCGACUAUCGAAGUUAAAUCCUUCGACUUCGAAUAUCGAAGUCAAAGGAUUUACCGCAAUUCGUUAGAUCGGAUUUUAAUCCAUCGAUCGAACGAUUUUUCUUCGAUCAGAAAAAGCUAGGAAAGCCUAUGGGGACCUUCCCCAUAGGCUAACAUUAGUGCUCGGUAGGUUUUAGGUGGCAAAGUAGGUGGUCAAGGUUUUUUUUUAAAGAGACAGUACUUCGACUAUCGAAUAGUCGAACGAUUUUUAAUUCGAAUCGUUCGAUUCGAAGUAGCCAAUUCGAUGGUCGAAGUAGCAUAAAAAAUACUUUGAAAUUCGAAGUAUUUUUUAUUCUAAUCCUUCACUCGAGCUUGAUAAAUGUGCCCCCAAGUAUAGAAAAACCUCAACCACCGAAACCCCCCCUCUUCUUUUUCCCCCCUACUCAUAAGUUCGGUCCACUGGCCAAGUUGGAGUAAAAUUAAAAAUAUACAACGCACAAAAACAAAGAAUGUAUAACAAAUAUGAUUUAUUCAUUGAAAUGCUAUAUAAAUGGAAAAAACAUAACUGUUAAAUAAUAUGUAAAAACUCUAAUAAACAUAAAGUUAAAAAACAAAAAUAGAAACUUGUUAAUUUCCCUCCCUCUUAUCAAUUCUAAAAGCAAGGUUGCCAACCUUCUAAACUAUUAAAUUUGAUAUAUUACUUGGUACAUCUUUUGUCAGCGUCUGAAUAAUGCCAGUGACAAAUGUAACCAUUGCUGUGUAAUAGACUUUAAGAAAAGAGCUCAAGGAAUGUGCUCUCUAUGAGCCACUCCUGAGGAGUGUAUCAACUAAACAGACUUACUCAGCUGCAAAACUAAAUAGAAUAAUAAAACAAUUAUUUGUGGUAUACUGUUUUGAACAUGCUACAUUUUGUAAAGGUGAACUGCCUCUAAGACACGGGCAACCCCUAUGAAUAAAUAUGUCUUUUCUUUUUCAUUUCGCAAACCUCUGUAAUCUUGGGAAAUAAGCAUGUAUUUCCUGUUGUCAAAGUGUCAGUUGUUUAUAAUUAUUAGCUAGAGUUCUUUUUUAUUGACUUGUAUUGUCAUAUAAACCAUCUUUUAUGCACGGGCAGGGCAAAGUAUUGGUUGCACACAAGCUUAAUACUGUUACAAGCUUUUUAAUUCUCUAUGUACAUUUCAGAUGGCUUAUUCAUACAUAUAUUUGUAUACAAAUCCUAUUUUUUUUUUUAAAGCGGCUACAGCAAUGUGAAUAAAGUAUGGAACCAUUAAAUAAUGAAUCACAAUGGACACUUUAACCAGAAAACCACACUUACCUCUGCAUUAAGCCAACUUUGGUCAAUUGUACAAAAAAAUGCGCAUGACUAUCAUAGGAGAUAUUUGCGUAGUGUGGGCUCAGAGUGGAUCUAGAUAAUUAAUGGAGAGGCAUACUGAAAUGGUGGUUGGACAGCAGGGUGCAAUUCUUCAGCUCUACAUGUAUGUGCUAUUUUAGAUGGAAAGGAUAACUAAUGUACUUACUAUAGUGAGCUGUAUCAAGUUAUCCCUAGGGGUGCGUUUAAACAUUUUAUCUGGUGUGUCAAAUUUGUCUUGCAAGACAAUAAAAAGUAAAGACCA